AGUAUAUAAUACAUUUAAAUAAGGUAAUUGCAGUAUAUCAUAUUAGUGGUCAUUGUAACGUUAAGUGAAAAGAAUAACCAGCGAACAAGUUAUGAUAAAGACCCUCCUAUUCCUGACGGCCCUCGGGCUCGUCGCCGCGCGUCCUGAAGUCAGCGACGCGGAGAAGAACCCCGCUCUCCACGAGCCGCACCCAGACUGCCCUCCCGCUGAGCAGCACUGGCUCCUGCCUCACGAAUACGACUGCACCAAGUUCUACUACUGUGAAUAUGGUCUCAAGUUCAUCGCACCGAGAGACUGUGCUCCUGGUACCGAAUUCAAGUUCUCCGCUCAGACUUGUGUUCACGCCGCUUUAGCCGGAUGCACCCUGCCAGGACCUCCAGCUGAGACAACCCAGGCCCCAGCAACAACUCAGGCCCCAACAACCACCCAGGCCCCAACCACAACUACUCAGGCCCCUACUACAACCACCCAGGCCCCAACCACAACCACCCAGGCCCCAACCACCACCCAGGCCCCAACUACCACUCAGGCCCCUACUACUACCACUCAGGCCCCAACCACAACCACUCAGGCCCCUACCACAACCACCCAGGCCCCAACCACCACCCAGGCCCCAACUACCACCCAGGCCCCAACUACCACUCAGGCCCCAACUACAAUCACCCAGGCUGCAACUACCCCAGCCGCAACUACCCCGGCCGCAACUACCCCGGCCGCAACUACCCCUGCUGCGACAACCCCCGCUGCAACUACCCCAGGUGUUCCUGCACCCACUUCAGCCCCAGUCUGGCCCCCGAUCUGUGAACUGUUGCCCAACGGUUGCCCAGCUGACUUCGACAUCCACUUGUUGAUUCCCCACGACAAGUACUGCAACCUCUUCUACCAGUGCUCAAACGGUUACACCUUCGAACAGAGGUGCCCUGAGGGACUCUACUUCAACCCCUACGUCCAGCGCUGCGACUCUCCUGCUAACGUUGAAUGCGACGGCGAAAUCAGCCCCGCACCCCCAGUCACAGAAGGCAACGAAGACGAAGACAUUGACAUCGGAGACCUCCUCGACAAUGGAUGCCCAGCUAACUUCGAAAUCGACUGGCUCUUGCCCCACGGAAACCGUUGCGACAAGUAUUACCAGUGCGUCCACGGUAACUUGGUAGAGAGGCGUUGUGGAGCCGGCACCCACUUCAGUUUUGAACUUCAGCAAUGUGACCACAUCGAGCUCGUUGGCUGCACCCUCCCCGGCGGCGAGAGCGAAGAAGUUGACGUCGACGAGGAUGCCUGCACCGGCUGGUACUGCCCCACGGAACCCAUUGAAUGGGAGCCCCUCCCCAACGGCUGCCCUGCCGACUUCAGCAUCGACCACCUCCUCCCCCACGAGAGCGACUGCGGCCAGUACCUACAGUGUGUCCAUGGACAGACUAUCGCAAGACCUUGCCCUGGAAACCUGCACUUCAGUCCUGCCACACAGUCCUGUGAGUCUCCUGUGACCGCUGGUUGCCAAGUUUUCGAGUGCGAUUCUGACAACCAGUGCACAUCGACUGCUGCCCCGACAGCUGCUCCAACGGCUGCCCCAACGGCUGCCCCAACUGCCGCACCCUCCACCGUGGUCCCACCUGCAACGCCACCCGCAACUGCAGCCCCAGUCCCACCUACAACCGCAAUUCCUACUCCGGCCCCCACCGCUGCCCCCACCGCAGCUCCUACUACUGCUGCCCCUGAAUCCCCAACCACUGUCACAGUACCACCUACUGCUGCUCCCACCGCAGCCCCUACUACUGCUGUCCCUGAAAUCCCAAUCACUGUCACAUCAGCGCCUACCGCUGCCCCCACCGCUGCCCCCACCGCAGCCCCUACUACUGCUGUCCCAGAAAUCCCAACUACUGUCACAUCACCACCUACUGCUGCCCCUACUACCGCAGCACCUGCCCCCAACACCACAGUCACUGUACCACCCACUGCUGCCCCCACUACCGCAGCACCUGCCCCCAACACCACAGUGACUGCACCACCCACCGCAGCCCCUACUACCGCAGCACCUGCCCCCAACACCACAGUCACUGUACCACCCACUGCUGCCCCCACUGCAGCUCCCCCUACCGUCGCACCUGCACCCAACACCACAGCUGCCCCGGUAACUACAACCAGCGCACCAGCCACCACACCUGAAGAUGAUGACAUCGACCCCCCUCUCCCCAACGACCCCAUCAACCCUUGCGUUGAAGAAUGCAACGUUUUGCCCUGGGCUCACGCUGACUGCGACAAAUACUGGGUCUGUGACGGCAACAACCAAGUCCUGGUGGUCUGCUCUGAGGGUCUCCAGUUCAACCCCACUACUAAGACCUGUGACUUCGCUUGCAACGUCGGUUGCGUGAGAAGCAACAUCCAGAUGUCUGAAAGCUACGAAGGAGUCCAGGUCUUCAUCCCAUGGAACAAACUUGAUGAAGACAUCAGACAGGCGCUGAACUUUGAGUUGUAAACCUACUUAAAUUAAUGAAGGUUUUGUUUUAUUUUUGAGUUAUUAUUCCAAUGGGCGGGAAAGUCCGCCAUUAUUGGGUCUUGCCAGUUUUGAGGAAACCUUUUUUUUUACUACCAACAUUCUUGUGAACCCAUAUUUAUUACGUAUUAAACAUCGUGAUUUGAAAAACGUUACAUGAUUUUUUCAUUAAUUUGAAACAAUUUAUGUUGUUUUUGUUCUCAUUAAAUAUCAAAAAUCAUUUUCGAAACUGGCAAUUUUGGAUUGGAAUAAUCAACAAAUGGUUAAGAAAAAAAACGAUUUCUUAAAAAUGUAUUUAUUAUAAAAUGUGUAAAUAAAUAUACAAAUUAGCAUUUA